AAAAUAAAUAAAAUAAAAAAAUAAAAAAAUAAAAAAAUAAAAAAGUGACCAAAAGUAGAUUUCGUAAAUACUGGAUGCGACAACAGAGAGAGUUCACAGUGUUCCUGGAUACGUCAGCCUUUCGCUAUCAGGAGUUACUUGUAGAACCUGCUCCAGACAAUCUUCGGCACCGAACGACACCGGAUUCCUCGCCUCUCAUCUUCGCAGCGAACUCUCGAGGAAUUCCCUUGUUACUUUCCGUCCUUCUUUCUUUCUUUCUUUCUUUCGUUUUUCCCUUUCGUCGUCUCGUCUCAUCUCCCCUCAUGUCCCAACCCAGCGUGCGGCGACGGAAAUCAUGAUGUUGGCUACGUUGUCUCUCUUCCUCAUCUCGUUCUUUUGCCUGCCCACUGUCGUCACCGCGCAAGGUCCGGUAGAUCCGCAACUAACGGGCACUUGGACUACCAAGUCACAGAAGGUCUUGACGGGCAGAGGAUUCUACAAUCCACAAAAGGAUAGAUUCGUGGAGCCGUCGCAUACAGGAAUCUCAUAUUCAUUCUCCGAAGAUGGAUUCUUCGAAGAAGCAUAUUUCCGCGCAGUUUCUGAUGCUACCAGUCCAGAAUGUUCAAAAGGGGUAAUGCAAUUUCAACAUGGAACCUAUAGAGUGGAACGUAAUGGGUCUCUCAUCCUGACCCCAUUCAGCUCGGAUGGUCGCCAAUUGGUCUCGAACCCUUGCAUUAGCGAAAGUGCAGAGUACUAUCGAUAUAUCCAAGAAGAGCUGUUCGAGAGAUACGAAGUCCUACUUGAUCCGUUUCACAAGAUCCAACGCCUCAAUCUAUACCGAUUUGACGGCUCACCAUUGAUCCCCAUGUAUCUCGCUGCACGUACGCCAGAGAUGCUCCCGACACACACGCUGAAUCCGACAGAUCGCUCCAAGACUGCUGUUACAGCAAGAUCGACAGCGGCUGGCGAACGAAAAGCUAAAGCGAAAAGAACCGAAGGCUCUGAAGAAAUAGAAAGGGAAUUUAAAGUCGCCCAGCCGCCAAGAAACAAGAGCCCAUUCAUCAAGACGAUUGACUACUUCUACCAUUCAAGAAUGGAUAGGCUACCGAGCAGUGAUAAGGUGUGGUGGAUAGGGGUAAUCAUGACAUCUAUUGGAGGGAUCGCCCUAAUCUAUAAAUGAGUGCAUAUCAUGUUGUACUUUUUUUCUUUUUGUGCGGUGCUAUACUCUUUUUUCUGCUUCCUUCUGCCUUUUUUUAAUUAUUCCCGUUCUUUUUUUUUUUAUGGAUUCUAAUUCUCAUUUAUCUUCUUCAUCGCCCCUUUCUGCUACAUUUAUAUUUUUAAUGGGCCUAGUCUGUUGAGGGACUAUCUUGGGAUAGACUGGGCGUUAAGGAGGGAGCAAAAUGGGAUACCAAUAAGUGUUUAAAAUCUAUUAUAUGAUCAGGCUGGUCGUCCAGCUUUUGUACUAGCAGGCCUAUAGAGUCCUCCUCCCUCCUACUGCUUUCUCAUGCAAAGUGAUAGAUACUAAUAUUGACUAUAUCGAGUCGUGCCGUUAUUUCACACCCCCUAAAGCCCGCCGUACCCCGUUGCUAAAAACAAUUCGAAAAUUGGCCGAGUAUUCAAUUGAUUCAUUCACCUCUCAUAAAUUAUCCCGAGCUAUGACGGUACUCGUUCAUUUUCUUGUACCAGGGAAGGGCUAGAAAUGUAAUUCCAAGGGGGAAACGGGGAAACGGGGAAACGGGGAAAAUCUUCCAUUAUAUUUCAUCAUAGCAACAAUAUAUAGCGGGCGAACGGACCAUUUCCAUCUCGGAGAAAUCGAUGUGCGAGCUAGCUGUAACUGAAAUGUACACCCGGCGGACGAUACUACCUGAUGCUAGAUAAAGAAGCUGACCCCGUACGCUCCCCCGGCCCCCCCGUUUCACGAGUCAUAUUGUACACCCAUAUCUGCGCCCCAAUCACGCCCUCCGAUGGGGGGUAAAGGAAAGGAGUGGAGAAGAAAGGAGAGUGAAAAAACAAAGAAAAGAAAAGCAAACGCCCGUAAUUUUCCGCAUACAUAGUGGUGAUAUACACGUAACUCCCCUAUAAUUUUCCCCCACUCCCUAGGAUAUCAACUCCUUCGCAAUCUUCGAGAUCUCCCCUACCUGCACUGGUUUCCCUUCCAACGAACCCCCGGGUCCCACCAGCGCCUUUAUGACAGUCCCUAUAGCAAUCUUUUCCCCGGAAUUUUUCAUUUUUUCAAUAGCUCUCGAGACAGCAGCUCGGACCUCCUCAUUGCUUAUCGUUUCCACCUGGCUAGCGUAUCUUUCCAAAACUUCUAGUUCUUUAUUCGCGUUCUCGAUCAAGUCUGCUCGGCCCGCCUCUAGGUAUUCACCCUUUGCAUCCUUUAGCGCAGCGGUGCGCUUGUUUAAGAGCUUUAGGAGCUGGAUGUCAGUUUUUAUGGGCGAGGGGGUCUUUGCGGCGUUGUUUGUUUCUGAUAUUAUGGCGCGGAGGACGUUGAGUCUAUAUUUAUAAAGACGGCCGAAUGCGGGCUUGUUAACACAUGUGAUCGCAGGGAGAACUGAGGGGCGUUUUAAGCUAUUGAGUAUUUAUGUACCUGGCGGUGUCCCUCGCCCUCAUGGCAUCCUUCAGAUCUGAUUUUAUCUUAAAGAGCAAGGGCGGUGCUGUUGGAGCAGCUGUAGAGUUGUGUCGGACGACGACGCCUCGAAGGCACUGCUGGGGACGGGAUCUGAGUGAUCGGAACAUUGUGAGAGAAAAGAGACUGAAUUUACGAAGGGCGAUAUGUAGAGAAUCAAGAUGUGCUAUGCUGUAAUGAGAUUUCUG